AAGUCAAGUGCAUCUAGGGUUGAUCCUGCAAACAACAGCCCUCAGCUCAGCCUACUCCCACUCUCGCUGUGGCAGUACAGCCCUGGAUCUGAGAUGAACAGCUGCUGAUCGUCAAGACAGUGUUGACUGAAAAGUCAGGGUGCUUCUCAUCAUUAGUGUAUCACAGUAGGUACAAAUCAAAUCAUGGAGCAAUCUAAAGUGAAUAAAUCAGUCAUAAUGGAAGAUGGAAACUUGUCCUCGGACUGCUCCAUCAGCAUGUUCAAACACAGAGUCUAUCCACCCAUAUACCUUGUCAUCUUCCUCCUCGGCCUCACCUUCAACCUCAUCUCCCUCUGCUUCUUCGUCAGUGUCUGGAGGAGUAAAAAAAAGUUUACUCCCGUCAACCUGUACAUGGUCAACCUGCUGGUGUCAGACUUGAUGUUGGUGUGCUCCCUGCCACUCCGGGCCUUCUACUACUACAUGGAAUCUAGCUGGGUGUUUGGAGACAUCGCCUGUCGCGUUAUGUCCUACAUCUUCUACAUCAACAUGUACGGGAGCAUCUACUUCCUCACGGUGCUGAGUGUGGUUCGUUUUGUGGCAAUCACCCAGCCGUACAGGUAUAUGAGCAUGCAGAAUAGCCGUAAUUCCUGGCUGGUGUGUAUUUUGGUCUGGCUGCUGGUGUCGCUAGCCUCCAUCCCUAUGCUGACUUCAGGGACCGUCAUAGAUGCUUAUGGUAGAACCAGGUGCUUGGAGCUUAAUCCAGAAUACAAACUCAUUCACAUCCGCACACUGAUCAUAGCUAACCAUGCCACCUUACUUCUGGGCUUCAUCGUGCCCUUUGCAGUGAUCUCUAUCUGUUACAUAUUUGUGGUGCGUAGCCUGCUGAAGCUGAGGAAGGUUAAAGGAAGGCCGAAAUCCCAAUACAAGAAGUCCAUGUCCCUGGUUGUAAUAGUCCUUAGCAUCUUCCUAGUGUGUUUCCUGCCUUACCACGUCAUGCGGACUGUCUUCCUGGAAGCUGAGAUGCAGGUGAGGGAUAAAGGGUAUGGAGGUUCCUGUCGGUACAUAGAGCGUGUACGCAAAACAGCUGUGCUCACUUUGUGUCUGGCAGCGAUGAACAGCUGCUUGGACCCACUUCUUUAUUUCUUCGUUGGAGAGAACUUCAGGCUUUUCUGUCAGGGUGCUUACAAAGAGCCGGAGGCAAAGUCACUGGCUAAGACAGAGGGAAAGAGGAAGGGUCUGACAUCAGAGCUACAGGAAGGAACACGUCUGACAUCAGAGCUACAGGAAGGAACAUGUCUGACAUCAGAGCUACAGGAAGGAACACGUCUGACAUCAGAGCUACAGGAAGGAACAUGUCUGACAUCAGAGCUACAGGAAGGAACACGUCUGACAUCAGAGCUACAGGAAGGAACAUGUCUGACAUCAGAGCUACAGGAAGGAACACGUCUGACAUCAGAGCUACAGGAAGGGACAUGUCUGACAUCAGAGCUACAGGAACUAAACGCUCCGAACAGCUCCAGACCUGAUAGUUAGCCUGGGACAGGUUGGAAGUGAAAUAUGACUAUAUUUGAUGGCUUUGAGAAGAAACUCUAGAGAUGGUUAUUUUCUGCUGACAACCCUAGAAGACAAUAUACAGCUAGGUAUAUCAAUACAAAUUAUGUGUCCCACUGUGUGUGUAUCCAGUCCCCUCCUCUUGAAUUUAAAAAAAAUGUAAUUGUUG